AAAAUAAUUGAUUAUCGGCUUGGUUUGGGUUCAGUUUUGCAAAAAGAUUUCAUCAAGUUUUUUAAAAAUGUCAUCGGAUGUUGCUGUAAUGAAAGGAAAACUUGAUGUUGAUAUUGAGAAACUUAAUCUUGCUCUCACUUUGAAUACUGGUCAAAAUUUUCGUUGGCGAUUAAUCGAUUCAAAUAAAUGGUUUGGCGUGAUUGCUAAUCUUUAUGUUGUUAUUCUUGAACAAUGUGACCACACCAUUCAUUAUGAAGUUAUCAAUGUUGAUUAUGUUAUCAGUUCUUGGUCAACAAAAGUUUCAACAAAAAAAAUUCAUGAUUCUUUUCAUAAUCUUCUUGAAAAUUAUUUCCGAUUGGAUGUGGAUCUUGAUUAUCUUUACGAUCAUUGGUCCAGAUGUGACUAUAAUUUCCAUCAAAUAAGUAGCCGUCUUAAAGGCAUACGGUUAUUACGUCAAGAUAUUAUCGAGAAUAUAUUUACAUUUAUUUGUUCAUCAAAUAACAAUAUUAAACGAAUUUCUAAAAUGGUCGAAAAUUUAUGUCAAAAUUAUGGCACCAAACUUUUUAACGCCUGUGAUCAAUCACUCAUUACUGAAGAUGUCUAUUCAUUUCCGGAAAUCGACAGUCUUGCCGCUGGCGAUCAUAUAGAUCGUCGACUAAGAGAACUAGGUUUUGGAUAUCGUGCUCGAUUCAUUUGUCAAACUGCUCAGCAAAUCAUGAAUCAAAGCAAUCAGAAACCAACUGAGUGGAUCAAGCGAUUAACUUUGUCGUCCUAUGAAGAUGCUCGUCUAUUAUUGAUGUCAUUGCCAGGCAUCGGUGCCAAAGUAGCUGAUUGUAUUUGUUUAAUGUCACUUGGUUUCACUGAUUCAGUACCGAUCGAUACACAUGUACUGCAAUUGACAACCAAACUAUAUGCUAAUGAAAAUCCAUCAUUUAAAAUGACAAAAUCAUCAUUGAGUGCCAAAAAAUAUAAAGAAAUCGGAGAUUUUUAUCGUCAAAAAUUUCAAUUGCACGCUGGUUGGGCACAGACCGUGCUAUUCUGUUCAGAUUUAAAAAAAGUGUCGCGUGAUAAAAUCAAAAAAACUAAAAAUGAAAAUCAAGAUUAAAUGGCCACAUAAACCAAAAAAU